GACACCAUAAGAACACAUAUAUUGUAUUCAUAACCUAGGAAAGCAUGUUCGCAACCUCUUUCGGCCUGGCGCAUUCAGGCCGGGUGCUUCUUGCCCCCUCGCACAAUGCUGCCGCAUGCAGCACAAGCUAUAUUACUCAACGCGGGCAUCCUCUACGAGCGAUCCUGGGCCAUUGGCGGUCUGCGCUGACGCUAGCUCGAAGAACCCUCUCGAGAGGUUGCGCGUCACGCCUCUGACUGAGCGCGGUGCGCGGGCGGCUCUUCUGCAGGAGCUUGACCUGACCUGGUCAGAGUGGGAGGAGCGGUACCAGCCCACGCCAGCAGAGCGCUGUCUCGCUGAGGAGCUGGGGGUGGGGCAAUCCACUGUGAUGCUGGCGGCGGUGCAGAACCCGGGACUGAGUGCUCUUGACGCGGCCAGCCAGGUCCUUCCCUCGGUGCGGGCGCUGCGCUCGGCCGGCAUUGGGGCGCAGGACGCCUGGUUCCUGGUGUCCAAGCGCUGGCAGCUCCUGGCACAGCCGGCGGCGCUGUCGCGCUGGCUGGACUUCCUGGGGGUGUACGGCAUGCAGCCGCGCGACUGCCAGAACUUCCUCCUGCGCUCCCAGCCGUCCUUCCUGGCGGCCACCACACUGUACCAGGCUGGCCAGGUGGUGACCUUCCUCAAAGGACUGGGCCUCAAAGACGACAUGCUGGCGGCGCGUGUGCUGUGCGUGUGGCCGGAGCUGCUGGGGCGGGACGUGGACGCGCAGCUGCGCCCAGUGGUCACCUUCCUCAUGAGCCUGGGGCUGGAGGUGGCAGGCGUGGGCCGGGCGGUGGUGCUGUGGCCUGAGAUCCUGCUCAAGGACGUGGAGGGGCAGUUGGCGCCCUGGGUGGCAUACCUGCGAGGACUGGGCUGCACCACCGCCCAGGUGGCCGAGGUCGUCUGCCUGUGCCCACACCUGCUGGGCUUCAAGCCUGAGGAGGUGUUUGGCGGCGUGCUGGCGGCGCUGUCAGACGUGGGCAUCAGCGCCGCCGACGUGCGAGACAUGGUGUCGGCCUCGCUCGCAUUCCUCAUCACGCCCUCCGCCUCCGCGGCGGUGCGCGCGGCAGUGGACUGCCUGCAGCAGCAGGGCUUCACAAAGGAGCAGAUUCGCGCCAUGGCCCUGACGCGGCCGGAGCUGCUGGCCGUCAAGCCGCAUGACCUGGAUCGCUCGCUGCGCUUCGUGCGCGAGACCAUCGGCGGCGACAACGGCACGGUGCUGUCCUGCCCGCUGCUGUUGGCCAAGCCGCUGGGGCAGGUGCUGGGGCCGAGGUACAGCUUCAUCCAGAAGCAGGGCCUCGCGCACAAGUACACCAAGAGAGACGUCGUCGCCGGCGGAGCCGACCGAACUGACGGCGCCAGCGGCAGCGGCAGUGACGGCAGUGCCAGCAGCAGCGGCAACAGCACGGGCGGGUUUGAGUUCUACAAGCUGCUGAUGGCGGAGGACGAUGCCUGGUGUGCCUCCCUGGGCCUGUCCGUAAACGAGUACCAGGGCUUUAAACUGGUGUGGGAUGAGGAGUACAGUCUGCAGCUGCACCAGGAGGCGGCAUCAGAGUUCCAGGCUGAACUCAAAAAGCUGGGCAUUUACGAGGGUAUCUAGGCACUAUUGCCCAAGUGAUUGCAUGCAGCUUUCCUUGGGUUCGGGGUGAAUUUUCAAACCGAUUGGGGAUUACACGGAAGAUGUGUGGAUUGGCCUGUACGGUGACGGUGCUACUAAGUAGGAGCAAUCAGCCUGCCCAUUGGGCGGGAUUGCCAUUCAUGUCGGGCUGUGACUGGUUAGCCUGGCUGCUUAGCUUGGCUGCUUAGCUUCGACUCGCGGUAGUUAGCAUGUCAGCUACCCUUGUAACAAACACACACG